UGAAUGAGCUCUUCAAUAGAAGGUAGCUGUCAAAACAAAUUAAUAAAAAAAUGCAGGGUUUUCUUAGCUUGUUUCGUCAAACGCAGCGCACAAAUGCAAGUUUUCUGUGUGAAAGAGUAAUAAAUAGUUCAAAGCUGCUGCUGAUAUCAAGAGGCAUGAAAAUAUAUACCAAAACAGGAGAUAAAGGAACAUCAGCCACAUUUACUGGGGAAAGAAGGAGAAAAGAUGACCUGAUAUUUGAAGCUCUAGGCACGACUGAUGAACUCACAUCAGCAAUUGGACUUGCAAAGGAGUAUUGUAAAGAUGCUGGACACCCAUUUUUGGACCGACUUGAUGAGAUUCAGUGCAUUCUCCAAGACGUGGGCUCCAAUAUUGCCACACCAAAAUCUUCUGCUAGAGAAUCACAUAAAAGCUUAACUGCAUUCAGUGACCAGUGUGUGCCAACCCUGGAGUCUUGGAUUGAUGAAUAUACUUCACAACUCCCCCCACUGAAGAACUUCAUAUUGCCUUCUGGCGGGAAGAGUUCUACAUCCCUACACCUUGCAAGGGCUAUAUGCAGAAGAGCUGAGAGAAAAGUUACCACCUGUAUAAGAGCCAGGGAAAUGGACACAGAACCACUGAAAUACCUCAAUAGGCUGAGUGACCUGCUGUUUACUAUGGCGCGACUGGCAGCUCACAGGGAGGGACAGGAAGAGAAAAUAUACCGACGCUUGUACCAACCACCUCCGUAAAAUGAUGUUAUAAUUGCAGAAAUAUCUAUUUUUCUAUAUGGUCAUGUUUCCGUAUGUUAGCACAAUCAGCAUGAUUCAAUAAAUGUUCUUAUUUCUAAUAAUUAAAUGAAAAGCUCAGGAAUAGUUAAAAUUGCAUAAUAACUGUAGUAUGAAAUGUGCAUAAGUACUGAAGUAUAGUCUAACCACAUGAACCAUAACAGUACAGAAAAAUUCUAUGACAUUUUGUUAUAAUGCUGACAGUAUUUAUACUUCAUUUUUUGGAGUUGUGUUAUUUAGAAUAUAGUUACUGUUGUGUGUUUAUUUUUGAGAAAAUAAAACUAACC